AUGGUUAAUAUACAGUUGCCCAUAUACCUCGGUGAACUUAUCGACAAAAUGGUUCAGAUCAUCAAAGAUCAAUCAAAGGGACUGGAGACUGAUUUAAAUAUUAUUAAGCCUGAAGCGAUCAAGCUUGUCCUGUGUUAUACUGCUCAGGCAGUACUUACAUUCUGUUAUAUAACUUUCCUAACCAUACUUGGAGAGCGCAUGGCUGCUGACCUUCGUGUCAAGUUGUUCAAUCGACUACUUAUCAUGGACAUGGCCUUUUACGAUAGCCAGAGGACAUCUGAACUGUCGGCCCGAUUGAAUAGUGAUGUACAAGAGUUUAAAAGCUGCUUCAAACUCACUGUUGCUCAAGGAUUGCGAACACUUACUCAGGUUGCCGGUUGUGUUAUUUCACUUAUUCAAAUUUCUCCACAAAUGACAUUAUACACUGUGUCAGCCGUUCCCAUAGUCAUUACAUUCGGUGCAUUGUUUGGAGCAUUGUUGAGGAGCCUCAGCAGAAGAGCCCAAGCUCAGUCUGCCGUAGCAGCUUCUGUCGCGGAUGAAGCCUUUGGAAAUAUUCGAACAGUCCGAGCUUUUGCCAUGGAGGAGCAAGAAUCACGACUAUUUGAAAGAGAAGUUCGGAAGGCUUGUGCAAUGCAGGAGUGGUUGGGGAUGGGCAUAGGAUUGUUUCAAGGUGCUACCAAUUUCUUCUUGAAUGGGAUCGUUCUAUCGGUCCUUUAUGGUGGCUCUUCUCUCAUAAAAGAAGGGAAGAUGACUCCCGGAGAGCUUGAUGGCAUUCCUUGUAACCGCACAAACGAUUCAGAGUUUGUUAACCUUCAUCCGAGCAUACGAAAUGACGACGGUGUUUGUAUUGCGUAUCACUCGCUCUGUGGCGAAGUUCGGUUUGAGAAUGUGGCAUUCGCAUAUCCGACCAGACCACAUCACCAGGUCUUCGAGUGCUUGAACCUUACAAUACCAGCUGGUAAAGUUGUUGCAUUGUGUGGACCAAGCGGAGAAGGUAAACAUAGGAUAUCUAGCCAUAGUGGUUCUGGGUAUUCUACAGUACAAUCGGUUACAACUUUUAAAGGUAAAAGUACGAUCACCUCGCUGCUGGAACGGUUCUAUGAGCCGCAUGCUGGACGAGUACUUCUAGAUAAUCAAGAUCUCAGGACAUUGAAUUUGGAGUGGUUGAGAGGACAGGUAAUUGGAUUGAUAUCGCAAGAGCCGGUUCUAUUUGCUACUAGUAUAGAGGAGAACAUUCGCUAUGGGAGACCUUCGGCGACGGAUGUGGAGGUGCUAGAGGCCGCAAAACUCGCAAAUGCCCAUGAAUUCAUCACCAGCUUCCCCGACGGAUACCAAACUGUCGUUGGAGAACGUGGAGCGCAACUUUCUGGUGGCCAAAAACAGAGAAUAGCGAUUGCUAGAGCUCUGUUGAAAGAUCCUCCGAUUCUGGUCCUUGAUGAGGCGACCAGUGCUCUCGACACGGAAAGCGAACGUCUGGUGCGCGAAGCAUUGGAUCGAGCUAUGAGAGGUCGUACUGUCUUGGUGAUAGCGCACAGAUUGAGUACCAUUAGGAAUGCUGAUUUAAUUUGCGUUAUCAAGGAUAAAACGGUGCGGGAGCAGGGUACGCAUGACGAGCUAGUCAGUAGGAAAGGUGUCUACUACAACCUGAUAAAAUCACAAUUCGAAGGCGCGUAA